AUGGCUGCAACUUCCAUUUCCAUGGCUUCUACAAAAUUCUCCUCGUUGGGAUGGAUCGGAGGGAAAAAAGAACAAUCAAAGAGAAGGUUGUAUUCUAUCUCAGCACAACAGCAAGCUGAAGUAAAAGAAUCACAGCAGCAAGUAAAAGAAGAAGAAAAGGAGAAGCCAAAGCAGACACCAUUAAGACCAGUGGAACGACAAACCAAUGUGCAGAGUAAAAACAUGGGCAUAGAGUUUGGAAGUCAGUGGCUGUGUAGUGUGACGCGACAUGUCAGGAUCUAUGCUGCAUACAUUGAUCCUGAGACAUGGGAGUUUGAUCAAACACAGGUAGAUAAACUCACACUUAUUUUGGAUCCCACGAAAGAGUUUGUAUGGACUGAUGAAAGCGUCUACAAGGUCUUUGUGUGCUUCCAGGAGCUUGUGGAUCACUAUGAGGGAGCCCCAUUGACGGAAUACACACUACGGCUAAUUGGUUCUGACUUAGAACACUACAUCAGAAAGCUGUUAUAUGACGGAGAAAUUAAAUACAACAUGGAUGCAAGGGUACUAAACUUCAGCAUGGGGAAGCCACGCAUUAUGUUUAACAACAACGAGAUUCCUCAAGAUCUGCAGUGACAGUUGGUACCGAUUAUUCUUUCUCAAUCAUGUCAUCAGAACACUAUAUUAUGUACAAAGAAUUCACAAUCGAGCUUACUUGUUAUGCACAAUGUUGUAGUUGUCAGUAUCAAAUAGCGCAAUUGCUCCA